UUCGGUAACUUGAUGAAAUAUUUGUUCCAACAAUAUGGCCGUAAUGUGAAGACGAAUUUAGAUACAUAUGCACAGAAACGAUUACGGUAUUUCUUGAGAUUAAAUGCAUUCAGACAGAACUACACUAACCGAGCGAAUGGCCUACCGAUAUCAUCGUCAGCCGGUCCACGAAUGUCUCGAACACAAAGCAGCAAUCGAUCUCGUUUGGCCAAACGAUUAGCAUCACCUCUCGCUGCAUCAUAUCGUUUCAUUGCCCAUGACACUGCAUUUGCCACAUCUAGUUCAUUGUAUGUAUCCAGUAGGCGUGAUGAAUAUGGUUGUCAACAUACAGUGGGCCACGUCACAUUAAAAUCAAAUCAAGCGUAUUAUUUCAAUAUGAUUUUCAACAUGGAGAAAAUCAAUCGAGUGUUGAAAGCAAACAAAAAAUUCGAACAUAUUCUCAGAACAUAUUCAAAUGGAAGGCAAUGCAAUACGAUUUGUGAACGAAGCCAGAUCAUCACGAUUGUGUGCCAGAUGUUUCGAACCGUUUCCAUUGAGCACAUUGAACGAUCUUGUCAAGGUGUGUGAAUGGUGUAUGCUCGAUCAAGAUGAUUGGCCGGAUGGAAUGAAGUUACCAGAGAAAAUUGUAGCGGCAAAGAGCAAGCGGAAGUUGCGAUCAGAGCGACGAGCGAUGCGACAAGCAGCAGUGCAGAAUCCAGAUCAACCCCUUGGUUUUGUGUCUAAGGUGAUUUGCUACCGUAAAAACUGGCAACAAAACGCGGCAAACGGUAUGGAUGACAAUGUUGAAGAACGCAGAGGUGUUAGCAAUCACGGCGGAGGUAUUAUCGAGUACACAGAUGAAUAUGAGCCCGAAGACCCUGUUGACGACUUUUCAUUACUGAAGACAGUUUGGCAACGUGACAUUUCGGCUGCAAAAUUGAUCUUGUACAGAGGGCAUUGCGAACUUAUUGGACAUCGCCUGCAUGAUGCGUUCACUCUUCAACACUCUCUGAGUUCCAUCACAUGGAAUGAUACGUGUGACGGCAUAUUUUCACAUGGAACUUCGUUCCCAGUGCGCCGAGCACUAGCUACAUGUAAUAACGUGUGGUUUCUAAUAUUCGGAUACGUUCGCUCUAUAUAUAGCAAGUGUUCGGUGCACUGGGAACGAAGUUCCGUGUAAAAAUAUGCC